AUGGCGUCUUCUUCUUCUUCUCCAUCGUCCACGGCAAUCCAGAUAACUCCACCAAUCAACAACGAUGAUAGUGAAAUGGCAGUUAAGGGUACGGCAGUGCCAACUCCUACCACGGACAAGGUCAUGUCGAGUGUCGCGAACCUUGCGCAGCUCCUGCCGACGGGCACGGUGCUGACAUACCAGGCGUUGUCCCCGUCCUUCACCAACCACGGUAAGUGCGAGACCUCCAACCAGUGGCUCACCAUGGUGCUGGUUGCCGCCCUCUCCUCCGCGUGCCUCUUCUUCUCCUUCAGCGACAGCAUAGUCAGUCACCGUGACGGAAAGCUAUAUUACGGCUUCGCCACACCGCGCGGCUUCAAAGUGUUCAACUUCUCCAACGAGGAGGAGAGGCAGGAGUGGAACGAUAUUGACCAGUUUCAGAGGCUCCGCCUCCGGCCACUGGACUUCGUGCAUGCCUUCUUCACGGCCGUGGUUUUCCUCACAGUGGCGUUCAGCGACGUGGGACUUCAGAACUGCUUCUUCCCGGACGCCGGCAGGAACAGCCAAGAGCUGCUCAAGAACUUGCCGCUGGGAAUGGCGUUUCUGUCCAGCUUUGUGUUCAUCAUCUUCCCCACUAAAAGGAAGGGCAUCGGAUUCAACCACACCACUCCUCCCCAGAAGGUUGUCCAUCCCAUGAAUAAAGUUUGA